AUGGGUGACGCUGGGCCGCCAACCCCUCCGCCUUCAUUGGCGCAAGACGUCGAGUCGAUAAGCGGGAUCGAAGCAGAUCAUAGUGCCCCGUUGAGAGAAAUCAAGGUGCUUGUUACUGGCUUUGGGCCGUUCAAAUCAUUCCUGAUAAAUCCAUCAUGGCUCAUAACCUCCGCAUUACCCGAAGAAAUUCUUCCACACAGCUCCUACCCAUCCGAUGAAUCGUCUGCAAUCAAGCCUUACAGGAUCCGUAUAACCAUCAAUCCAUCUCCCGUGCGAGUAGCAUAUAACACCGUCAGCACCGCAUUCCCGGACCUACUUGCACAACACAAUCCUGAUUUUGUGUUACACAUCGGUAUGGCAGGCGGGCGCGACUGCUAUUCCCUAGAGACGCGAGGGCAUCGCGACGGAUACCGGAUCAAGGAUGUUGACGAUAACGAUGGAUUCUCUUGUGGCGAGCUUGUUUGGAAGCGAGAGGGUGUGCCAGACUGUUUACUCGUGCAUUGGGAUGAAGAUGAUGUAUUGCGAAGAUGGGAACAGGGUGUCGAGAAAGGUUUGUCAGAGCGUGGUUUCUUGGCUGGCGGUAGUACUCCGGCCCCCGCGGCGAACACCACCAUUCCACUACCAAAGGGUUUUACAGGCCCAAUAAGAACCGUCUGGGGCACAGUAGCCGGAUCAGUGUCUCGUGCUGAAGAGAACCGGAAGAAGGGCGUUGUCAAGCUUUCCCGGGACGCUGGAAGGUUUCUUUGUGAAUAUGCAUUUUUUGAGAGUCUGAGUCGCCGAUGGAUCGAUGCCAUGCGCUACAAUACUCCUGACGAUGGUAAAGCAUCUCCGACAUCGAGUGCUGCUGAAACUGUCAUACCAGACUCGGCAAACAGCGCGGGUGACUCUAGCAACCACAAACGAGCUCUCGCACUUGAGCGCCUGGGCAAAGUUGCUUUCCUUCACGUCCCCGGCCGGACGGGGGUCGACGACAUCAACCUAGGAGUCAUGAUCGCCGAAGAAGCGAUCCGCGCUCUCGUGGGCAGCUGGGAAGACGGCUAUCGGCGGGAUCGGAAGGCGAAGAUCACGCAAACGGCAUCCUCGGGCUUGAAGGAUGGAGAGGUAGCGAAGAAAUUCACAGACCAGAAUUCCGAGAUCGACACCGGCGUUGCCAGUGUGGGUGGCAGUGGAAAUGGGAAUGGAAGCACUCCGACAGUGGCCGUCAUUCAAGGGGAGGUCACGUUGAUGCCGGGUGUUGGUGUGGGUAUUGAGGAUCUGGGGAGGGUUAAGUGGAAGAGCUGA